GUUUUAUGGCAUUUAAACAUUUCGUCGACAUGUUUUCAAUGGAGAAUAUUCCCUCAAUAGACUGUUAACUUGUUCAGUAGCUUUAAAUGGUUUCAAUCACUUAAGCUUUCUAAAUAUUAGCGGAGGAGAUUUAAUCCGUAAACUUAAUUUAAAAUGGAAACCACGAGCAAGUGGAUUUAUUUCUAGGCUUUUUAAGGUUAUCACCAAACGCGGCUGAGUUGUAAAUUUCUGUAAUCUACGAUUUUUAAUAAAUUUCACCGUAAUCUAAAUGAGAUUGAUAUAGAAAACGUUUCAAGUUGGAUGUUGUUCCUCACUGGAGGUUUAAAAGGUAUAUCAUCUGCAUUAGUCGUGAUGUUAAUGUAAUAAGUUUCUACUUAAACGAACUUGGCGAUUGGAAAUUCGAUAGUUUGAAUUCAAAAUACAAAUGCCGAUAAUUUGAAGUCUGUAAGAAGAGUUAAAUUCGUACUCUUAUAUUGUGAAACUAUUUAUUUUUGUCGGUACGACAAUAAUUGAUUUGAAUGAUUUUUUAUGGACAUGCACAUUGGAGGAUUUCUGAUCUUGGCAACAAGUAAAUAAUUUCCAAUCUUCGCAGGUGGCGUUAAAAAAAGUCAAGACCAAACAUGGCAUCGUCGUACCUGGGACCCGAAUCGCCGCGGCCUUUAUCGGUAAUAUCCGAGGGGUACCAAAACCGCUACCGGAUCCCGGCUCACCCGGCCUGGGAACAGUACACGUUCGGAAACCAGUACGAGCGAACGCUGGAGGGCCUGGUAAAUAAAUACCUCGAGUUGGGAACCACAGACCGGAUGUGCUACAUUGGGGACACGAAGGGAAGCAUGGCGGAGUCAUUGGCUGAAAGGUUUUGUCUUCUGGAACCACUUCUCUCGGUGAUUCCCGGUCACUACAGUUACGUGGAGACGGAUUCCAAGAAGAUUCUCUCCAUCCGGGUCGCGCACGUGGGCUCUGAAGAGUACUUCCGCUUGCAGGCGAAAGAGAAACCGGAAAUGCGCACCUUGUUUGACAAAAUAGUCAUCAAAGACGCGCUUCGAUAUUUUGAAAAUCCCGUCGAGAUGUACUGCAAUAUAAUGAAAUGUUUGAAAAAAGAUGGUAAGAUGUUGAUCAUACACCGUCCCAGCUCAAUAAAUACUCUUCCGGUCUUUCGUAACGCGAAACAGCGUCUUGAAGACAACGAAAUUCCCUACACGGAUAUUAUCAAGGAUUUAAAGUCGCUGGAUUUUGAUGUACAGUGGGACAUCGAAUGCCUGAAUUUGACAAUCUCUAAGAAAAAGUGGUUUUCUAUGUUGAAGGCAAAAUUUCCGCCUCAAAUGGAAAUACUGAGUGAUUUUGAAAUGAUGGCCGGUAUACGAGAGCUUGCAGACGGUAUAAUGAAGUACGAAGGGGAUUUAGUAGAAUUUCAGGAUCGACUGUUGUUUAUAGUGGUGUGUAACCCGGCACAGAAAAGGCGCGGUUAUCCGGGCAUCAAACGCUACAAUGCAGACGAUAUGGUGCCGUUUCCGAAUUUGAAGGACUUGAAUUAUUCCAUGGAACUGACACCAGAGUUAAAACAGAUGGUGAAAUCGCGAAGCCGAGCUGCUCAUACUGACUCUCAAAGUGGCAUUGUAUUUGGAUAGAUGACAUCGAAAUGUGAAAAUUAGUUUCAUUUGUUGUGCAAUGUCAAAGUUAGACUGGUAGCUCGUUGUGCAACACCGAAGUUCCUAAAUCGUGGAAUUAUCUAACUAAAAGAUAAACAGAAAGUUAAAGUGCUCAUUUUACUAAUGGUUAUGUUCAGUAUUAUGCACGGAUACAAGUCCUUCGCUAAACGUAUCAAAAGCGUUUGGUGAGUUAUUUUCUGACAUAUCAAUAUGGCGUGUUGGCGGGUAUGAAGACGGUUGCCAACACGAAAAAACGAAACAUACCCAUCAGAACGACAAAAAGGGUCGCCAAUACACCAAUUGUGGCAUUUGUCGGCAUUUUCGUCGUUUUGGUGUGUAUAUUUGUCAUACUGGACUACAGGCGACCUACAAACACCCCAGAACGACAAAUACACCCUAUAAAAUAACCAUUCUGGUGCUCCAAUAAAACAAUAGCUACAUUUGUCACGAAGAUGUGCCCUACUUGUGCACUACAAAAACUUACUUUUACAAAUCUUAAUAUACUAGUACUUGUAAAGCGGAUACACGAAGUCGUUAAGUCGUAUAAAGUAUGGACUGGCUGACUAUGGACCGUUUUUUGAAUGAGUAUUUAUGAAAAAUGUCUAAAUUUAGGUCUAUUCACGUGUGCACCAUUGUAAGAUAGCAAAUAUUAUCAACGCUUUCUGCGUAAGGAAUAAUUGUAUAUUCGUUACAGAACGCUAGAUUUGCUGUUUAUUAUCAGUGAAAUCUGUAUUCCUAUAUUUUAAGUUAUGUUCUUACAGACGAUAUAAAUAACAUAGUUCAGAGCUCCAGAUAAGGGUCGUAUUUUCGUAAUUACGAAUUAUUUUCAAGUCCGUUACGUAUUUAUUUUAAAAUCUUGUCGUACCAUUAAGAAUUACAAAAUCAAGUUACGAAUAUUAUUUUUUACAUCAGUUCGUUUCGAUUUUUAUUGAGUUCUUUUCGCGUAUUAAAGAUCUUUGCGGUGCUUAUAAAGAAUGGUUAUCGGGUUUGUUUAACAAAGCGCAUUUGUUCCAAUAAAAGCGGCGUAUACAGUCUAUCUGUCAAAAAACAAUGGCGGCGCCCAGAAAGCGUCCUAAAAAACUGCAAAGCGUCCAAAACACGCUUUUAACAUAUUGUACGCAAAGUGAGCCGAAGUUAAAUGUUUAGAAAGACAUUAUAGAAAAUAUCUUAUACGAUGUUGUAUGUUCAGUUGCCGACACAGUCGGAAAAGCUAAACAAAAACGCGACACGACGGGUCCAAACUUAAACACACAAGAAAACAUUGAACGAGUGGAAGGGCCAAGUCCCGUGGCUAAUCGUUGAAAAGAUUGAAGGGGAGAUCCGUUUUAAAUGUGAAAUAUGUAAAAAUUCAUCUAAGGCAUGCAAUCUAAACACAGUUUGGGCAUAUGAAGGUAUUGGAAAAAUAAAAUUGUAUAAUACUGAAAAGACACUGUUGAACUCGUAUAAAUAAAGUUGCUAGUAUGUUUAUUUUGAUUAUUUUUUUUGCAUGAAAAUUAUCAUUAUUAUUUAUUUUUAGGUCAUUCAGAAAAAAUAAGAAUUGUUUUCCAAAACUUAGUAGUAACGUUAAGAAUAAAAUUUCAGAGUUAAGAAUUCUUUUUGAAAAUCUGGUAGUAAUUUAAGAAUUUCACAAAACCUUAUUUGGAGCUCUGAUAGUUACUUGUAUACAUGUACGCAGAUUGUUGUUAAGUUGUUACGUAGAAUCUACAGUUUGCGCAUUUAGUGACUUAGUCAAAGCGUUGUUAUAUGUUAUAUCCGUUGUAUGCUUUAUGUUUAGUCAAUAAAAAAAGCCUACUAUUCGAAC